AUGAAAUAUUUUCGUAAACCAUCUUGUAGUUACACAAUUAUAAGAAAUCUUAUUAUGGAUGAUAAACCAUUAAAUUUACAAGAGAUUAAUGCUGUUUCAUUGUCAACAUGUGCUAAUAAUAAACCAUCUUCACGUAUGGUUUUAUUAAAAUCAUAUGAUUCUGAAGGUUUUACAUUUUAUUCUAAUAAAAUAAGUAGAAAAGGACAAGAAAUUUCAUGUAAUCCAUAUGCUUCUAUGCUUCUUUAUUGGCCUCAAAUUUCAAGGCAAAUUAGAAUAGAAGGAAAAAUUAUAGAAUUAGAUGCUACAGAUGCUGAUAAAUAUUGGUAUAGCAGACCAUUAGCUUCAAGAAUUGGUUCAAAAGCAAGUGAUCAAGGUAAGAUUAUCGAAAGUAGACAAGUACUAGAGGAUAAAAAAUCAGAACUUGAAGCUUUGGCUGAAAAAGAAGGAGAAGAAUCUAUAACAAGACCAUUAACAUGGAUUGGAUACAAAUUAAUUCCUGAUUUAUUUGAGUUUUGGCAAGGACAAUCUAAUAGACUUCACGAUAGACUUCAAUUUACACUCAUUGACAAUAACCAAUGGGAUAUGAAAAGAUUAUCACCAUAA